AGUGGUGCCCUUGGCCACUACACUUGUGCCAAAAUAGGAAAGCACGCAAAAAAGCAUAGCCAAGAAAAGAAAAAAAGAGACACGACAAUGCCAAGUAUAGUUAUUACAUGCAGAAGUGUUGUUGAUGGGUGCUACCUCACACUACUCAUAAUCUCAUGCCUCGGUUUGAUCGUCACACUCAACCGCUUCAUCUCCUUCUUCACAUGGAUCUUCCGAACCUGUUUCCGAUCCGAGAAGAAUCUCCUCCGAAGCUACGGUUCGUGGGCUCUGGUCACCGGAGCCACCAACGGCAUCGGAAAAGCCUUCGCUCACCAACUAGCGCAGAGAGGACUCAACCUUAUUCUCGUGAGUAGAAGCUUCCAGAAGCUCAAAACCGUUGCCGGUGAAAUAAAAGCAAAACACCCCGGCACGCGCGUGAAGAUCGUUGAGAUGGACUUCGCCGGCGACCUGACGGAGGGUCUCCGGCGCGUGGAGGAGGCGAGUGAGGGUUUGGAUGUUGGCGUCUUGAUCAACAACGUGGGGAUAACGUAUCCGAGGGCGAUGUUCUUUCAUGAGGUGGAGGAGAAAGUUUGGAGGAACAUUGUUAGAGUGAACAUCGAAGGAACCACGAGAGUAACGAAAAUUGUUUUACGUGGGAUGUUACAAAGGAGAAAGGGUGCGAUUGUUAACAUUGGAUCCGGUGCUUCUGUGGUUGUGCCUUCUCAUCCUCUCUUUACCAUCUAUGCUGCUUCAAAGGCUUACGUGGACCAGUUAUCAAGAUCUCUGUACGUGGAGUAUGGACAAUACGGGAUUCAUGUGCAAUGUCAGGUACCACUAUACGUUGCAACGAGUAUGGUAUCAAGGGUGGCAUGUAUUGAGAGAGAUUCUUUGUUCAUACCAACAGCUGAGGCUUAUGCUAGAGCUGCAAUUGGUGAAAUUGGGUACAGACCAAAGUGCACACCUUAUUGGGCUCACUCAAUUCAGUGGUGUUUUGCAAACUUAAUCCCUGAUCCACUACUUGAUGCUUGGCGCUUCUCCAUUGCUAUGCGCCGCAGGAAUCAAAACGGAGAGUCAAGUCAAAAUUAACUUAAGGACUACGUUCCUCACUAUCAUUAGGAAUCAUUUCUCACUUCAAUUUCAUUGGUACGAAUUGUUAGUAUAAACUAUGUUUUUAUUUAUUUUCAAUAAUUAUAUAUAGAUAUGUGAUGGUA